CGUACAUACGUAUGUAUGAGUUCCUAUGAACUUUGAACACGCUCAAGCAUUUAAUAUAAAAGGAUGUUAACGACUAAACGUCGUCAGUUUACGAAGGAAUCAUGAAGACGGUGCGUUCUUGCAUCGUCCUCUGCCUCUUGUUAGGCAGUAACAAUGCAUCAGUAAGAAUUGGGCGCGGCUAUACAGGGGGAGGCGGUGGCGGUGGCGGCGGGGGUGGGGGAGGAUUCGGUUAUGGCAGCGGAGGAGGCUUCGGCUUCGGAGGAGGCUCUGGAUCCUUCGAAGGUGGCUUCGACGGCAUCCGUGAAGGAGUUGGAAGUAUACUCAGUGAUGUGCAAUCCGGGCUCACUGCCUUGGGAAACGCUGGUGCAAGUUUCAGCGGAAGCCUAGGUGGAAAAGGAAAAUCAAUAUACACAAAAUCUGAAGAUGGAAAAUCUGGAGGAUUUGCCUUUACUGGCACAUUAGAUGGUGGCAAAGGCGGCUACGGCGGCGGCGGUGGAUAUAGUGGAGGUGGGAGUAGCGGCGGUUACGGAGGUGGCGCUGGGUACGGGUCCGGCGGAGGAUCUGGAGGAGGAGGCGGCUUCAGUUUCGGAGGCUCUGGUGGACACGGAAGUUCUGGAGGUGGUGGAGGAAGUCAUGGCGCUGGAAAUUCUGGUGGACUCUCCAGUAGUGGUGGAUUUAGUGGAGGACUGAAUUUCGGUGGAAGUGGAGGAGGAGGAUAUGGCGCGGGUGGCUCUAGUGGUGGCGCAGGAAGUGGGAUUAGUGCGAGUGGUAGUAAAAUCAGUGCUGGGUCAGGACUGGGUUCAAGCAACAAUGGAGGCAGUGGCGGUGGUUUUGGAGGUGGCUAUGGAGGUGGCAGCGGUGGAGGCGGCGGCGGAGGAUUCGCUAUUAAUGGAGGAGGCGCGUCUGGUGGACGUGGAAGCAGUUCUGGCAGUGGACAUGGCCUCAGUUCUGGCGGAGGGCACGGAGGUAGCUCUGGGGGAGUAACCGGUGGACUAAGUUUCAGUGGUGGAUUUGGUGGCAGUGAAAGUGGAAGUGGUGGACUUAAUGCCGGACACGGAGGAAAUAGUGGCCGCGGAUCUGGCGGUGGAGUUAGUAGCACUGGUGGAUAUGGUGGAAUCAGUGGGGGUGGAGGAAGUGGAGGAGGCUAUGGAGGAGGUUAUGGAGGCGGUAUCGGCGGAGGCCUGGGAGGUGGAAGCGGUGGCAGCAGUGGAAGCCACAGCAGCAGUGGUGGUAGUGCAGGAGGGCUAACUAUUAGUGGCGGGGGUGGCCUCGGUGGUGGCCACGGCGGAGGCUAUGGCGGAGGCCUAGGAGGUGGAAGUGGUGGCAGCAGUGGAAGCCAUAGCAGCAGUGGUGGUAGUGCAAUUAGUAGCGGAGGUGGCCUCGGUGGUGGCUACGGUGGAGGCUAUGGCGGAGGCCUAGGAGGUGGAAGUGGUGGUGGCAGUGGAAGCCACAGCAGCAGUGGUAGUAGUGCAGUACCGCUAAGUAUUAGUAGCGGAGGUGGCAACAGUGGAAGCUAUGGCGGAGGCCUUGGAGGUGGAAGCGGUGGUGGCCUCGGUGGAGGCUAUGGCGGAGGUAUCGGCGGAGGUUAUGGAGGUGGAAAAGGUGGAAGCAGUGGAAGUAUCAGCGGCAGUAGCGGUAACACAGGAGGAGGCUUUACCGUUAGUAGUGGAGGAGGCCUCGGUGGCGGACAUGGCGGAGGCUAUGGUGGAGGCCUCGGAGGUGGAAACAGUGGAGGCCUUGGAAGUGGAAGUAGUGGAAGCUUCGGUAACAGUGGUGGAAGCGCUGGAAGUAUAGCGAUCGGUAGUGGAGGUGGCCUCGGCGGUGGCCACGGAGGAGGCUAUGGCGGUGGUAUUGGUGGAGGCCUCGGAGGUGGAAACGGAGGAGGUCUCAGCUUAGGCGGUGGUGCGACCCAUGGCAGCGGCAGUGGUAGUGCAGGAGGCUUAUCAAGCAGCAGUGGAACAAGCCUUGGCGGUGGCCAUAGCGGAGGCUAUGGCGGCGGCGGUGGUGCAGGCUACGGGGCUGGCAGCGGCGGAGGACAUAGUAGCGGCGGCGGCGGUGGCUCUCUUGGUGGUUCCUUUAUGAUUGGACUCGGAGGUAGUGGCUCAAGUGGUGGUAGCCUCGGAGGCAAAGGUCAAGGAGGAGGAAUCGGAGGUGGCAACGGAGGAGGAAGCGGUGGAGGUUAUGGAGGAGGAUUUGGUGCUGGAGGCGGUGGCGGUGGCGGCUACGGAGGCAGCAGCGGCUCUGGAAGUGGAAGUGGAGGAAGUAACUUCUUGUUUAAUGGAGGUUUCGGAGGGAGCGGCAACUCUGAAGGCAUCGGCAGUGGAAAAGGCUAUGGCGGUGGAAAAGGAGGCGGCGGUGGUUUAGGAGGCUUAGUGGGUAGUUUCCUCGGUGGGUUCGGAGCAGAUUUUAGUGGAGGCGGCAGUGGCGGCGGCGGGGGUAGUGGCGCUGGAGGAUACGGAGGCUCGUUAGGCGGUGCAGGUGGACAUGGUGGUCAGGGUGGCGGUUACGGGGGCUCCAAUGGAGCCUUCAGUAGCAGUGACGCUGGCAGCUCAGCUGGUGGGUACGGUGGCUCCGGCGGCUAUGGUCAGUCAGGCGCCUACGCCUCCGCUAAAGCAUCAGCCUCAGCGAACGCUGGCAGCUACGGCUAACACUCGUCUCAGUUCUAUGAACAUAGUCAGGUUCUCACGGCCAUAUUGAAUGAAAUCAAAGUGAUGUAUAAAGUCAGUAAACGUAUUUAUAAGUUCUUUUAAA